CUAUAUCGAGUAAUUGUUAUUCAUGGACUGUGCCAUCUCGGUAUUUUGGAGAAAGUGUGAUUCAACGUAUUCGAAAUGUGCCGAUGCUAUGCUACUCACGUAUCAACCAGGUUGCUUCCGCGAUAUAUAACUCCCCACAGAGUAUCUUAGCGUCAGAAUAGCUGCUUGAUUUUCGUCGGUGAUAAUACUAUCGUUUAUUCUAGUGAAAAACUUUGAAAGUUCUUAUAAAACUGCAAAAUGUUGAAAUACGUAGUACUUUUUUGUAUUAUGCUUCUUUCGGUAUAUGCCGAACCACCCAUUCAAGGUGUAAAACCAACAAAUGUACUUGGCACUUCUGAUCAGCAUGCAUCUUUCAGCUUUAUCAGACCGGGUUUAACACAAACAGCCUUCGCUUUUAGUGGCCCUAGCUCUCAUCAAUCGUUUAGUUCCAGUAUUGGAAAUCCUCAUUUAGCACAAAAGGUUCUUCCAAAUGUUGCUAAUGCACUUGCUUACAAAAAUCCUGGCUUAGGUAUAUUUCCGGUUGGUCCUGUCACACAUGGUUAUGCAACUGCACCAGUUGCACCCACUUUUGUUUCUCCUGCACCUGCACCGCUACCCUAUCAAACCUCAAUUGAUCCAACUUCUGCACUAGCUUAUUAUCAACAGUUACAGCAAUAUCAGCAAGCCCAGUUACAUGGAUAUUCUGCAUCUAAUGCGUAUCAAGCACAAUUAGCGCAAUUACUUGCAUUACGGCAAGCUCAAGCUCAAGCUCAAGCUCAAGCUCAAGCUCAAAUUCAAGUUCAAGAACAUGUGCAAGCACAAGCACAACAAGUACCUGAACAGAUUCAGUUGCAGCAAGAACAACAACACCAAGCUCAGAAUUUAUUAGGAAUUUCUUAUUCCGCAGCACCUUCGGUAGCGCGGGUAAAAGUUGCCGGAAAUGGUUAUAAAUUCGAUUUCUAAGAUAUAUAAAAUCUCAUUUCAUAUUAGUCAAAUUACGUGAAGUGAAGCAACUUGAAACAUUUCUUUAAGUUUCUAUAGUCUUCCUUGUUAGUUACUUGAUUUCAAGUUGCUUAAUUCAUAUAACUUGAUUAAUCUGAAUAAAGCUUAAGUGCAUUGUAUGAUAAAAGUUCCAUAUUUUAUAUCUUCAUAUUUUAUUUAUUUAUUUACAGUGCAAAUAUAAAUAUUUUUGUACGUUACAGCAACUAAAUAAAUUGAUCUGCAAAUAUUCAAAUCA